AUGGUCGUGGUUGACCUGAUAGACAAGGGUGUCACGCAUUACGUAGCAUGUACGCACAACCACUGUCUUUUGAAACAUUCAGCUCACAUCCCUCUAGAUUUCCGUAAUCCAGACGACCCGACGGACAAGUCGUUUGAGCCACAUCCUGCUAAUUAUCCAGUAGCUGAGUUGGAGUUUCCAAACACAGGGUCGUCAGAGAGGUACAUCCUCCUUGCACCCAAGGACCCGAAUCACUACAGUCCCAUUAUGUGUCUUGAACAAUCGUUGUAUCGAAUUGUGGAACACUACCUUACCCCCGAGCAACGGGCAUUGUUUGGUACUCUGCCUGAUACUCUUGUAUCUUCGGACGAGUCGUUGCCUUCCACAUCUGAUCCUUCACGGACGGACUAUCUUCGACUAAUUCGCCGAGCCAUCCAUAAGCGCGAUGGACCUCUCUUUCUCUCCACUCUCGCUGAAAUCAAUUCACUUCUCCAUCGACUAAAAUACCCUCCACUUCCUGCCGACCCUUUCGCUCCACUCCAGCCAAAUGGCUUGAAAGAAGUUGUUCGUGAGUGGGCCACGUCAGGAAUCCCCACAAAGGUUGUCAAGCGUAUUGUCGAGGAAACAUAUCAGCGCACUGUUGGACCUCGCACGUCUGAGCUUGGGAAUUAUCCUGCCUUUUCGGAUUACGUCUAUGGAGAACUACAGCCGGACUUUAUAUCCGAUCUGCUACAUCUUGCGCACUUGCGCCCUGGCAUGCUGCUCCUUGAUCUUGGAUGUGGUGUGGGCAACGUCGUAUUGCAGGCCGCGCUCCAGAGUGGCUGCGAUACUUUUGGAAUAGAGUUCAUGGCGGCACCAGCAGAUAUGGCCCGGGAGCAGUACGUGCAGAUGAAGGCCCGCGCCAAAAUGUGGGGAGUCUCGAUGGGGAAUGUCGAGCUGGUGGAAGGCAAUAUGUUGGAGAACACGAGGGUAUCCGAGCUCAUGAGCAAGGCCGACGUUGUCCUUGUGAAUAACAAGGCAUUCAGCGAGAGCCUGAACGAAGCCAUCCGGCCGAAGCUGCUCGAUCUCAAAGAGGGCGCGUUGGUGAUCUCACUUGCGCACUUCGUGCCACCAAAUGCCCGACUCACAGAGCGCAAUAUCGACGACAUAUCUGCGAUCUUCGAUGUGCAGGAGCACAAGUAUCGCCAAGGCUAUGUCUCGUGGCACGGCGAAUCGGGAUCAUUUUAUGUCCAUCGCGUUGAUCGUGAAGGGUACGCAGAGAUUCGUGCUCGCUUUGAGAGUGGCCGAGCGGCGUUAGGUAGGUAUUCUCGCUCACGGCGAUAGCUACGUGCCAUCGUCGCUGGACAUAGCCGUUCCGUUGACUAUGUCUGGGGGGGACAGUGGCUGUUGGACCAUCAUUUGUUAUUUGCUCAUUAUCGGUUGUGAUGCUUUGGAAUUGCUUUUGGGAUGACUGUUUACUUCUUAUUCCUAUCAUUUUUAUUCAGUUCUUGCUGCACUGCUUUGUUCGUUUACCGUAGACUGCGGUUCCUAUACAUAUAUUUACCUACGUUCCGUGUUUACUUGCCAUUUGUUGUCUGUAGCUCUAUUAUCACAACUCUGUACGGCGUGCAGGACUCCUACAUUACGUUACGAUUCGUAUAUAUUCUUGUUAGGUGCU